AUAAAAAGAAUGUGAUUUGGAUACACCAUCGACAGUCAUUCGUGGUGCAUUGUACGCGCGGUACAUUCUCUAUUACUAACGGUUCGCGAUAAUGCUACCGAUUAUAGCAUCAGUGCUUGUGCUCCUUAUCUUUGGAUGCAUCAUACGAUCCGUCACUAAGCCGAAGAAAUUCCCACCAGGUCCAAAAUGGUAUCCAAUAUUCGGAUGCAGUACACUAGUGCAGAAAUAUACAAAACUUUACGGAUCACAAUGGAAAGCCCUGUCACAGAUGGCCAAAGAAUAUUCUACGCAAGUUCUAGGCAUAAAGUUGGGGCUGGAGCCAAUAGUGGUGGUUUUUGGUGAGAACAAUAUAAGGAGAGUGUUCAUGGAGAGGGAGUUUGAAGGUAGACCGAACAGUUUCUUUAUAAGGCUGAGAUGUCUUGGCAAGAGGAUGGGUAUAACUUUUGCUGAUGGAGAGUUAUGGAGAGAACAUAGACAUUUCACAGUUAAGCACCUAAAGAACGUCGGUUUCGGCAAGACUGCUAUGGAAGCAGAGAUAAAAAAAGAGUUACAGAGCAUAAUAAAUUACAUAAAUACACAUAAAAGUAAACCCAUCAACCCAAAAACUAUAUUGGCUAUGUCAGUCAUGAAUAUCCUAUGGAAGUUUACCGCAGGUGAGCGAAUACAGGAGGAUCGUUUAAACUUCCUCUUGGGUUUACUGAGUGCACGAUCGAAAGCGUUUUCAAUGGCUGGGGGCUGUUUGAACCAGUGGCCGUGGAUCAGAUUUCUUCUACCAGAACUAAGUGGGUUCACGCUUAUAAAGCAAAUGAAUCAGCAAAUAUCGGACAUUAUUGAGGAAACGAUAGCGAGGCACAAAACAAAAACAAUUAAUGCAGAUGACUUCAUGUACAGCUUCCUUGAGGAAAUGAAUGAAGACAAUAAGAAAAGCUUUACAGAAGAACAAUUGAAGAUUAUUUGCCUCGAUAUACUAAUAGCUGGGUCGCAAACAACAAGCAAUGUUUUAGAAUUUGCUAUUUUAACAGUUUUAAGAAACAAGGUUAUACAGCAGAAGAUUUAUAACGAAAUAAGCAAUACACUGGGCGAUGACACACCUUCGUGGACGGACAGUUCUAGGUUAGUCUAUACAAUGGCGUUCCUUCUAGAAGUACAGAGGUACUUCACGAUUGUUCCACUAGCAGGACCAAGAAGAGUUCUAGAGGACGUCUAUUUGGACGAUUAUUUAAUACCUAAGGAUACGACCGUCCUUAUCGCAGUCGGCGAUACACAUUUCGACCCCAGCGUCUGGGAAGAGCCGAAGAAGUUUAUACCGGAAAGGUUUAUAGAUGAGCGGGGGGCUAUUAAAAACACAGAGCAUAUGUAUCCGUUUGGUAUAGGUCGCAGGCGAUGCCCCGGCGAUUCCCUUGCGAAGUCGUUUAUAUUCAUAGUGUUCGUUGGGAUUAUGCAGGCUUUCCGCAUUGAGUGCAGCAACGGCGUACUACCUUCAGAGGAACCUAUAAUCGGCUUAAUAUCCAGCGCAAGGCCUUUUACAGCUGAAUUCGUGCCGCGACAAUAAUAUUCUUAGGCUAUUAUAUCUACCUACUAGUUAAAUUUUAGGUCAAUAAAUAUUAAACAUAUUU